UUUUAUAACGAAGGUUUUUGGAAAAAACAUCAUGGAUGAGAAUAUCAAGCGUUUGAUAAGGCCCGUGGUAGUUUUCACUACCGGCUUCGACGAAUAUUAUCCUCCGCUCAGCGCUCCCUUUCUUCUUGAAUAUCAACACAUAUAUGAUGCUUGUUCUGGUGAACGAAAGAAUAAGCUUCGGCGGCGCUUAAUAUCGUUUCUUGUUCGCUCAUUUGACCCUGAAGAUGUACAAUGUGCGCUACUUUUGCUUCAAGGUUCAUUGCUCAUCACCAGUAACCCGUGGAAAAAGAAAAAAGUGAUGUAUCAACUUGCCGUUUUGUAUUAUAAAAGUGGAGACUACUUGAAGAGCAUGGACCUUGUUAAUCGCUGCUUGGUGAUUGCACCUGAAUGUUACAAGGCAAAUAGUCUCAAGUUGAUACUGGAAUCUCGUAUUAAUCAAGAAAGAUUAAAGGGCAUGUUAGGCAUUGCUUCAAUGAUACUUGGUGUUGGCAUUGGUGUAGUUGGACCGACUAGCCUACUUGCAUUUUCAUGGGUCACUGAGGCGAUAACAUCGAUCAAAGACCAUCUUAAGAAAGUUGUGGAUGCUACAGUGGCCGACUCUAGAAACCCCUUGCAAUUGAAAGAAGAGAUUUAUUUAGUUGGUCUUCGAUAUUAUAAAAGGGGGAACUAUUCAAGGAGUAGACUCGUCAUUGAUUGUUGCUUGGAGAUUGACCCUCAAUGGGAACCGGCAUUACUUCUCAAGAACUCAAUUGAAUCUAAAUGGUGCCCAAAAGCAUACCCAUAGAAAUCAUUAUAAGUUUAUAGAAGUUGUCUACUUGAAUUCGUGCUCAUUCAUGUGGUGGUGGAGAGGAAUGUAUUGUGGACUUUCAUCUGGGCUUUUGUCCAUGUAGUGGAUCUUUUCACUAAAUAUAUGUAGAUAUAUUUAGCUUAUUCACAAAUUAGUAUUAGUGGCCAAUUAAACUCAAACUUGAUUUUACAUGUUUUGUAAAUUUUACAUAUCUAUCUUUACCAUAACAUGAUGACCAUCAUCUUCCUUCACA